UCUGUGGUCAACAGCUGACGGUGACAACAGCGAGUGACAACACAGCACGGAGCCGCUGUUUAAAAGGGCUGUGAUUUAAUUAACAAGAAUUACUACAAAAAUGGACUUGACGGCUUUUUCUCAAGAGAACUUUAAUCCAAAAGACUGGAUCAACAAUGUGUUUCGUAGUCAGGAGGCGCAGCAGAACAGAGAUCAAUAUGCUUCGUCACUGGUAAUGAGGCUGCAGUUAGCCAUACAGGAGGUGAACCAUGCCCUGGAGGAGACAAGUCAACAGGUGGUGGGAAGCUUACCGAGGGUGCUCAGAGAUAUUGAAUCUUUGGGACAUGAAGUUGCCGUCCUCAAGAACCAGAUGAACAGUGUGAGGCAAGACAUAGAAAAGGUGGAACACAACACAGCAGCCAGCAUGCAGACGUUGGUGAAGCUCGACUCUCUAAAGGGACGUUUGGUGGCAUCUUCUCAGGCACUCAGAGAAGCAGACAACUGGACAACUCUUUCUACAGAUAUUGAGGAGGUAAUGGAUAGUGGAGAUCUUGAUGCCAUCGCAAGCAAAUUAGUUGCACUACAGAACUGCCUUGGUAUCCUAACACAUGUGCCUGACUAUGAGGAGCGUGUAGCACAUCUGGAAGGUCUUAAAGUCAGGCUCGAAGCUCUGGCCAGUCCUCACAUAGUUGCUGCAUUCACGCAACACAAUCUGGAUGAAUCAGUCAAGUAUGCACGGCUCCUGAGAUCCUUAGGGCGUGUCAGCCAGUUAGAGAGUUAUUAUCACAAGUGUGAAAUUGGUCAGUUGGGGACAGCCUGGCGUGGGGGAGUGGAAGGUUCACAUCUGGGUGGUCCUCCUAUGUGGCUCACAUCCUUCUAUGACAAGAUUGCUCUACUGACAUCACAGCAGGUGCGUUGGUGUGGCCAGGUGUUUGAAGGAUCAGAUGCCAACCUUUUACUCUCACAGUUAGUGGCCUCAACCCUCACCUCCCUUGAUCCAACUGUCAGUCGAGUAAUUUCUGCUGCCGCCAAACAGCAAGAAGAGCCACUUGCUUUUCUUAUAUCUGUGAAAACUGCAAGUGAUCAGUUUUUGAGAGAUAUUGAGUCAACUCUUGGGACAGCAAAGCCAGGACAGGAAACAUAUUUCCAGUCCCAGAGGAUAGUGGUACAAGCUGUGUACAGUCCCCUGCAGGACCAAGUGAUGAAGUAUCAGGAGUAUGAAGAAGCUCUAAUGCUCUCUCACCUUAUAUCUGCAGAUAUUGUGAAGGCUGACAUGGCAGAAACAUUGCGAAGAUUGCGUGAAUACUGUAGCAAAUUAUCCAAUCAAGCUGAUGUUGCUGCAGAGAGAUGCUUACAGCUAACGAGUGGUUGGACAUUCCCUGCACUUACAGCUGCUCUUACCACAUACAUAGAGCAGUUUACUAGCCGUCUGACCCAGGCUGCUCGACAUGUUGAAAAGCAGAAAGCUUCCAUAACUGAUGACUGGACUGUAUUUACAACCUGCCUCAACCUUAUGCAGGCUGCAGGAGAGUUGGUUAUGGCAGUUGACAGCAUGGAACAUUCAUUGGCCACUAUGUUCACAAAUGCUGCAGCUAAGUUUACAUGGGAACCUACCACACCAUUUAUUGCUACCCCAGAUCUCCUCUUGUCCACACAGGCAGUGACUCAGUUGAAGAAAUUGGUUGUAAAGGUCAUUGAUGAAGAUGGCAGACUUCUAGAGAACAGCAUGACAGAAUCUCAAGCUCAGUGUCAGAAUACAGUGGAGGCUGCUCUUCACACCAUCAUGAACCCCAUAUCAUCUCUGUUGAUUGUCCUCCCUGAUUUACCUGCUUGGAACUCUCGUCAGGGAACCUCCUCCCAUCUCUCCUUCUCUUUCUCUCCUCAAGAAUAUAUCACACAGAUAGGACAGUAUCUGAUGACCUUACCCCAGCAUCUUGAGCCGCUCCUUGUCAACCAUAGUCCGGCUCUUAACCGAGCCCUCCAGGAAGCCAACACUUCUUGUAGUGCUGGCGGCCGUGUGGUGAGUGAAAGUGAGAUCAGUGCAGCAGACUUCCUCAUCAAUAGUGUUGGUCAGAACACUUGUAAACUAUACACUGAUGCCAUCCUCAAGAUCCCUGACAUAAGCACGUCAAUGAUUACACAGCUUACUACAGACAUUGAUUAUAUUUGUAACAUCCUGGAGGACCUCGGAGUGAGCACGUGUGAGCCCCUAGAUAAAUUGAACACCUUACUGAAGGCUCCAGCUGACAAGUAUUGGAAGGUUGCCCCAGGGAACAACCCAAGAUUAAUUGCUGCUGUCAGACAAAUGCGCAACAUCCCCGUCCAGUCAUGAAUGUACAUUGUAUCUGUAUUGAAUUCUGCAUGCUCAGGAGUACAUAUUGUUUAAUGUUGGUAUUUGAGUGUUGUUUUAGUGGCAUAUAUCAAUUUUAUUUAUUGUAUUUCCUUGUGUAUAAAUUGACUUCAAGCUCAAAAAAUAUACCCAAAACUAAGAGUUUCUUCUCUGCCAAAUACAAAGUAAGGACCUUAAAUGCUGGCAAAUUUCAACGAGAAAGACAUCAAAGUUGGGGAAGACAAAUGAUUUCUGGUGAAAGUGGUUGCAAUUUUGAAUCUACUGUUUCGGUGUUCACAUUUUAUUUAUACCAUGUUUGGGGACCAACUUAUAGGCCAAGUACUGUAUAGUUCUAAGCAUGAUUUUUUUAGUUGAAAAGUUGAGGUCGACUUAUCCACUGGCAAAUUGGCAAUUGAAAAAAUGAAUUGUAAAGUAAAUCACUACCUGUCAGAAGUUGAAUAGAAAUGGAAAUUAUAUAUAUAUAUAUAUAAGCCAUGCGCCGGUUAACGUCCUAGAUACGUUCUUGGAAACGUGAUGUUAACCGAAAUGGACGUUGUCCGAAAUUACAUAAACCUAUCGAAUUUAUUCUAAUGGGUUCCAGGCACCCAACUCCAAGUUUCCCAUUUUACGACCAUUUAGACCCACUAAAUAUAUAUAUAAUAUUAUGGUAAAUAUCAUUAACACACAUAG